AUGAAGGAGAAUGACGCUAUUUCCUUCGACGUUGCCCACUUUUUGAAAAACUUUGCAGAAUUGGAGAAAUCGUACGAACAUUUGCUAAACCUGAAAAAGCAAAAUGAGUUGAAACUCACUGAGGCAUUGAAAAAUCUUGACGAAAUAAAGGAACAAUAUGAACAGGAAAAAAAAAAGAACUUUGAAAUGUCAGUUACUAUGGGGGAACAUACAGAUAAAUUAAUAAAAAAGCACAGUUACGCGGAAAGAUACGAUUAUGUGAAAAGACAGAAUGAUGAUUUUAGAGAAAAAAUAGAGUCCUUGAUGAAGGAAAAGGAACAAGAAAAGCUUCUCAUGGAGGAGAAAACAAAAAUGCUUGAGAUGAAAAUGAAGCGAGAAGUGCAAGAAUAUGAUAACAAACUGAGGGAGAGUAAAAAUAAAUUGUUACAACUACAGAGUCACAUUGUAGAAUUAGAAAUGGAUAUAACAUCAAAGGAUGAGGAGGUAAACAAAUUGUCCUCCUUAUUAAGGGAAAUUAAAAAAGAGCAUGAAGUGCAAAAAUUAGAAUAUGAGUUGAAAAUAAAAGACUUAAUUAAAAAAAAUGACGAAAACAAUAAAAAAAAUAAGGAAGCCAUGAGGGAUGUAAUAAAUGACAAAGGAAACCAUGCCUUGAAAAUUUUAAAGAACAAAUUAUAUCUACUACAACAGAAAUACAAUAAGAUGGAAAAGGAAUACACCAACUUGAAAAGGAUUACAAAUAAAACGGAUAAAAAAGGGAUCAACACAAAUGUCCGUACCAAAACCGGACGUAGCAAGGGUUUAUAUGAAAUAUAA